AACAUUAUUUUCCUUCUCCACAAGAACUCCUUUGCAUUAGUAAGAGGAAAAAAUUAACAAACCUACUAGACAUUGACGCUUCUAACUUACUUACCCAGUUCUUGCUACAGCACUGUACACCUCACAGCUGCACCUUGUCUCAGAUGCAAUCAGAAAGCCCACCCUAGGCACACAUAGCAGCUCGCUGGCACCACAAGAGAGAGCCCUGCUCCCCCAGCCAACCCAACAGGCAGCGCACCCAUUUCCAGGCACGCAGAGGGAGAGAGGGAGAGACCACCCCUCUUGGCAAUCAAUAGCUAGCUGCAGGUCAGCCUAGCUGUAGCACACCCACGUCCUUGGAAGCACUGACAGCUGUAAGAAGAAUGCCUGUCUGACCUACAGAUGUCAUUUCAUUUGGUGCAGUGCAUCCAUGCCUUUUUUUUCCCCCCUUUUUAAAAAAUACUCACAAAUAAGACCACAUGACUGAGCAUGAAGCGGAGUUCAAACUCAAGGUAGUCAAUUUCUUAAGCUACAAUAGACAUUUGUAAAAUAACAAUGUCAGAAGAUUGUUCGGUUUGAAUAAAAAUAAAGCGAUAUUGCAUUUCACAUAUAUCUAUCUAGCUGAUGAUCUUUCCCUGACUUAGUGAUGUUCAAUUGACUGGAUUUUAACACUUCUGAUUAAAAUAAAACAGUACCCUUUGUCAGCUGUCAAACACAGAGUGCAAUGUUAGUCAUUCAGGUGAUGCUAUGGUUUGAGCCGGUACACAGUGAUACAGUUAAUUGAUCAAACUGGAGUUGUUGCCAUAGCUCCAUUGUGGGACAGCACAGAUCACACAAAAGCCUUUUUCAUGAAUGCUAGUUCAAUCCUGACAUUCAUCUCUGACCAUAACAAGAAGGUAUCUGUUUCCCAGAGCAUAGCACAACAAGCAUUUAAGUGAUGCAGGGAAAGAGGAAAAAAAAAGGGGGGGGGGGGGGGAGGGGGGAACCAUGACAGUUUGUUUUGGAAAAGCAAAAUAACCCAGCAACAUUUGGGACUUCCUCUGCUAAACAGCUUUAUCACAGAUUACUCUGAGCUGGUCUUUAGCCUUCCUUGGGACACUCGUAUAAGAGCAACUUGGCAUGACCUUUUCUCAAUUGUCUUUUAAGUAAAAGAAGUGGGAAUUUCACUGUGCAGCUUCAAGCCACUCAAAGAAAGUGUGAUAGCUACAGAAAAAAGCAUGAGAGAAGCACAGUAACGAAGAUGGUAGGCAGCCAAAAGCGCAGUGCAGAAGAGGAAGCUCAGGAAACCUGCACUUCCAGACUGCAACGAAAGACUCUGACGGCACCUGCCCCAUUUGCAGAUGAAACAAGCUGUCAGUGCCGAGCACCCCACGAGAAGCUAACCAUUGCACAAGCCCGCCUGGGAACACCAGUUGACAGACCUGUCAGAGUGUAUGCAGAUGGGAUAUUUGACCUCUUCCACUCUGGCCAUGCUAGAGCUCUUAUGCAAGCCAAAACUCUAUUCCCAAAUAGCUACUUAUUAGUAGGAGUUUGCAGUGAUGAUUUAACUCAUAAGUUCAAAGGCUUCACUGUGAUGAACGAAACUGAGAGAUACGAAGCCCUCAGGCACUGUCGCUAUGUGGAUGAGGUCAUCAGAGAUGCACCCUGGACGCUGACACCGGAGUUUCUUGAAAAACAUAAGAUUGACUUUGUAGCCCACGAUGACAUCCCGUACUCCUCCGCUGGCUCGGAUGAUGUAUACAAGCACAUAAAGGAGGCAGCUACCUGCCACAGUGCCCGGUCCUGCCGUGCUUUCCCAGCUGGCUUUCUUUUCCCACUUUGCUCAGGGAUGUUCGUACCAACGCAGAGAACUGAGGGCAUCUCAACGUCAGAUAUCAUCACAAGGAUCGUCCGGGACUAUGACGUGUAUGCCCGACGCAACCUCCAACGGGGAUACACCGCCAAAGAGCUGAAUGUUAGUUUUAUAAACGAAAAGAAAUACCGCUUUCAAAACCAAGUGGACAAAAUGAAAGAAAAAGUAAAGAAUGUGGAAGAAAAAUCAAAAGAAUUUGUUAACAAGGUGGAAGAGAAGAGCCAUGACCUCAUUCAGAAAUGGGAAGAAAAGUCCAGGGAAUUUAUCGGCAACUUUUUAGAGCUGUUUGGACCUGAUGGAGCUUUGAAGCAGAUGUUCCAGGAGCGAAGUGGCCGAAUGCUCCAGGCUUUCUCUCCGAGGCAGAGCCCAACCAGCAGCCCUACGCGAGGCCGCUCUCCGUCCCGUUCGCCGUCCCCACCCUGGGUCUUCAAUAAAGCCUCCCCUCCCUCUUCUCCAAAAGCUGCCUCCGCCUCCCUCAGCAGCAUGAGCGAGGGAGACGAGGACGAGAAGUAAAAUAAAGAUAUAUUUUUUUAACCAUGAGACAGAAGAACAAGCUAUGAACUCAACCGCUGGAUGGGGAGAAGCGCGAGGACCAUCUGGGGUCCCUCUGACAGCAGGGAACGUGCCCUGGGAGAUGUCGAAAACAGACUGGAGCACAGCAAGGGAGAUCUCAGGAAGAGCUGAUCCCACCCCCGCUCCCUCGCGGUGCCUGGAGGCCCCACCAGCAGCGCUUGCCCGGCACCGUACCGGGGACUGGCAGCAAAGCACCCGCCUCCGUGCACGUCCUGUCCUCCCCAGCGCUGCCGCUUUCUGCCCCGCGGGCUGGCCGGGCCGGCGGGACCCGCACCGAGCCCAUAGGCAGCACAGGCAAAGCCACGGCCGCUGCAUCAGACCCUGCUAACCCUGAGCUCUUCCAGCACGGGAAGGAAGGGCGUUGCUGCAGCAAACGUGUUCCGAAAGGGGGAAGGAAAUUUCACACCUCUUUCUGUUUGAAGGAAGUCUGCCCAGAGCCCAAACCGUGCCAGCAAAGCGGAGAGCUGCCCAGUUGGGUUUACGGAAGGUCGUUCGAUGCAUUCAGGCUGCGCAAUGUUGCUUGUUGACCAAGCCUCUGUCCAGGGCAUACAUAGAGAUUCAGGCUGUACCGACCCCCUUUGCUUUCUCAGAGUGUUCCCCAUGUUCCUAGUGCCUGAACAGCUGCCUGACAACUUCUGUUCUGCUCCCCGUUUUUGCACUUUGGAGACAAGUAAGUAAAUGAAGACUGUCCUAACUGGAAUGUUUUGCUGUGGGAAAUAGCUGGUUUGAAGGCCGUGAUGGUUUUCACUGGUGAAUUCCAGAAAUGCACGUGGGAUCCCACAGCCUAAGAACAAACCUCUCUCCCAGGAACCCUGCUGCUCCCAGACAGGCAUUGCCGAGCGACGACCCCAGCAGUGCUACUGUCCUCACAUGCUACUAAUCCAAUUAGAUUUAAAUUUCUCGUAAAACCCUGAACAAGAUGUGUUCAUAGACACGCUGCCCCUGCACGGGGUCCCGAGGCCAUUCCUCUAUCCCAACCCGGAGAAGAGGCUGGAAAACACAAUGGAAACCCUUUAAACGGGAUUAGGCAUGGGGAUUUUUUCCCUCCUGCUGUGACACCCGUCUGUCCCCAGGCAGAACCACAGCAACAGUAGCACUGAUGCAGCUUUCCCCUGCCCCUGAUGCUCCAGCUGAUCUCCUUCCAGCUCGGCAGCGAGAAGCCUGCCAGCCUGGCUCCACUCAGUCCCUCAGCUGGCACCGGUGAGGGGGCUGCAGGCCCGCGGGGUUUCUGAGCAUGGAGGCAGCCCCAUCCCUGAGGAAGCUGCAGGAAGCGCCCAGCCCGCGGUGCUCGGGUCGAGCUGUGAAGCAGCAAUGGGAUUCUGCGCCAGGGCAAAGCCUUGCCCGUAUGGAGCCCUGAAGGAAGAGCCCGAGCGCGCCCUGCAGCAGCCCUCCUUCCCGAGGGACGUGCCGGGUAACUGCUUUCCCUCCCUCCCAAACUCUCCAGACAGAAAUCGCAGCCCCUUGCAUCAAGCACCGAAUUAGCCCUGUGUUUAGUUCCCUCCCCACAGCUUUCACCUACGGGAUAAGGGAUGAAGGGGUAACCGAUUUGCCUUCGGGAACACUUUGCCAGACACAGCUCUGACUACCGCAAGACCAACCAGUAUCUCACGGCACUCUUUGUCUUCUGGAGCCCAGCGGGGUCCUUCGCAGAGCCGCACAGAGGCCAUCAGGGAACAGGGUGACUGCUGCUUCCACGGGGCAGCGCAAGGAGAGCCGCGGCUCGUCCAGCUGCUGCCAGCUGUGCGCCUGAUGGGGCGAUGCAAUUAAGACCUUCCUCAGCCUUAGGCAACCUGUUACUGUAAUUUCGCACCUGGGAUGCACUCGUCGUUCUCUGAUCCUUUGCAAGUCUAAGUCUUCCCAUCGCAACCCGCUCCUCCACCAUGGAACUGUCUGCUCUCUACUGGUGCUGUUUACACAACGAGCCAUGUCCAAGUGCAAUGGAGGGGGGCAGGUUCUUCUUGUUCUCCAGUUCCACUGUUUGUCUGAAUUCCAUAACGCUUUCUGUCCAGCAGCCCCUGUUCAGCAGUUUGAGCGGAAGACAGCAUCCGUGACUUGUAAAUAGGACCUGGAGAAAAACUCAGCGGCGUGACCUCUUUGUAGCGGGAGCUGUUUCUCAGUCACAGGUGGCUACCCCGUGACAAAGCCAUAUACUGUACCAGGCGUCCUCCUCACGUUUAGGACAUCAAAGCUGAAGCCUUUUACCCCGCUGGUACAGGCACCGAUAUCCACACGCUUUCUCCAGCAAACCAGAACCUCAUUGGCUUUGGACACGUGGAGGGCAAUUUUGCACUUCUGAGUCAUGGUUGGGUUUUAUUUUUCAUGAGUGUUGCUUUAAUUCAGUCCUAUUUAUCAGCCAAGCUCCACAUGAAAAAUAAAACAGCAUACAACAGA